UGCAAAGUGUUAAUACAUCUCUUCCCGCUCACCUUUCUUCUUUUCUGUUUGCCAUUCGGCUCUGUCCAAAAUUCAUAGAAUGGGUCUUCAGGUUCAUAUACCCGAGCAUGUUGCAUGACCAAUCUUUUGGCUGCAUUAGUUGCAAUAGAAGUCAUUGUGAACUAUAGAUGAUGAUGGAAGCAAGAAAGGGAAUUGUUUGACAACCCAUUGUUCGUGUGACAUUUCCGCCGGAUUCUUUUAAUCGGGCGUGUGAGCGAGCAGCAAGUGGGUGAAUGGUGCACCGCCUUGCCCCUUCUAGGCAAUGUUACUGUAGAAGGUGGAGGCUUUUAGCUCAAUUAAUAGAAUUCCAUACACGCGUGAAGGAAGAAGAAAAGAUUAUUUCAACCCUAAACCAUAUUCUUGACAGGCUCUUGCAAGGGAAAAUGACCACACAACUGAUCGGGUCAUGGUCAUUGGAUGUCAAUGGAAAGGGGAAAGAUACCUCUUCCCUUCCAUCUCCCAAUGACAAGAAAGCAAUCGAAGUGGAAAAGGGAGAUUUUGGAAGUUUGAAUGCAGGCUUGCAUGAUUUACGUCAAGAUAUCAAUGAUGUAUUGACACAAUGGAAAGAUGCAAUCGGAGAUGAAGGUCAAGCUAAGAAUUCAAACAAUGCUGAUCAGCAGGAAGAGGAAGAUAGUGACGAUGGAGAUGAUUGAAAUUGAAUAUAAACACAGAUGACAUUAAGAUGGUAUACAGGAACUUGAUCUAGAAGAAAAA